AUGUUAUUUGAGCCCGUGGUGGCAGAUUGGAUCUGGAAUUAUUGUGCUAGCAACGAGUAUGUCACUUGGUAUGAGUUCCUGGAUGACGUUCGCCGCCGCUUCGACCCUCAAUGCUACACGAGGCAUGUGGGACUCCUGAAGAAACUCGUCCAAACGGGUACGGUUUAUGAUUACCAGCUGGCCUUUGAAAAAUUGCAAAAUAACACUGUUGGGGUGCCUGAUCAUGUUCUUCUGGAUUUGUAUGUGGCGGGUCUGAAGCAACCCUUGCAAGACGAGGUGUUGUUACACCAGCCAGCCACAUUGGCAAGUGCUUUCGCCCUGGCUGCUCAGCUAGCUGCCUGUCGGCCGGACCUCAGCCCCGCACCCCAGGUUGCGCAGCGCCGCCCUUGGCCCCCGCGUGACUCGCACCCAGUUGGUUCAGCGCCACCAGUAGCGACCCCAAGCCAGGCAUCGCCGGCUGUUUCGGGACGCCCAGGGCAGCACGUGCCCCGUUCAGAGGGCUCCAAGACGCCUAUCAUUCGGCUUUCGGCGGCUCAGAAGGCGGAACGCUCUCGUCUGGGCCUCUGCUACUAUUGUCCGGAAAAGUGGGUGACUGGACACGUAUGCAAGCAUCGAUUCCUCGCCUACAUGGGAGUCGAGGAUAACGAGGAUGACCCGCUUGAAGAUAAUGCCGAGGGAUUUUCUAAUGAAGUUAUUGCGGCGGAUCUGUCACAUCUUCACUCGAUGGACGGCACGAGGAGAUCGAAAUCUCUGACCUUGGCGGGCACGAUCGGGACGGAGCCGGUGCAGGUGCUAGUCGACACGGGCAGCUCGCAUGAUUUUCUCCACCCCCGCGUGGCCGAGAAGCUCCACCUUCCGCUCACAGCGGUGAAGCCGUUUCGAGUAUAUGUUGGGAAUGGGGAAUCAUUGUUGUGUUCCCACAUCUCCAGGGCCACCGAGUUGAUCAUGCAGGGCACGGAGUUUCUUAUUGACCUCCACAUUUUGCCGAUUCAUGGCCCAGAGGUGAUAUUGGGUAUGGAAUGGCUCGAGUCGUUGGGGCGUGUGACUACUGAUUUUGUCAAGAAAUCAAUGGAAUUUACUAGAGGCAAUGAGUUGGUGGUUCUCACGAGCGCAAACCCUGGCCCGCGUCAGAUCUCUCUCCGGUCCUUGACAUCUUUUGUGUCCCGGGUGUCAUUGUUCGAAAUGUACGAGGUAGUCCAGCUGCCUCCGUCAGCUGACCCUGCCGCGAAUGAUGCAGUUUUCCCUCCCGAUUUACCUCCACAAAUCCGCGAUGUGCUACAAGAACAUGCAACAGUUUUUAGUGUUCCGGUUGGCCUUCCACCGGCCCGCCAGUUUGACCAUCGCAUCCACCUUCUGCCGAAUUCCAAGCCAGUGAAUGUUCGUCCGUACCGCUACCCAUAUUUUCAGAAGAAUGAAAUUGAGAGACAGGUCCGGGACAUGUUGGAACAGGGGGUGAUUCAGCGCAGUCACAGCCCUUUCUCAUCACCGGUUCUCUUAGUUCGCAAAAAGGAUGGUACCUUCCGCUUCUGCAUCGACUACCGUGCCUUGAACAAGGCCACCGUUCCGGAUCAUUUUCCAAUUCCAACUGCGGACGAGUUAUUUGAUGAGUUGGGUGCAGCCCGGUUUUUCACAAAAUUAGAUCUCCGUUCGGGCUAUCAUCAGAUCAGGAUGCACGAGGCGGACACCUACAAAACCGUUUUUCGCACUCAUGACGGUCACUUUGAAUUCUUGGUGAUGCCGUUCGGACUUACCAACGCGCCAUCCACCUUCCAAUCAGCGAUGAAUUGUAUUUUCCAACAGUGGCUGCGGAGGUUUGUUAUUGUAUUUUUCGACGACAUCCUCGUCUACCGCCCCACUUUGGAAACCCACGCCUCUCACCUAGCUCAGGUAUUGGCGAUUCUGGAUAAACAGCAAUUUUUUGUUAAGAUGUCCAAAUGCAUAUUUUGCUGCACGUGGAUUAUUUAG